GAGGGAGAGAAGGAAAGAGAGCGAAAGAAAGGGAGAGUGCGUCGCGAGAAGUGCCAGAGCGUGGACGAAAUCGAAAGAAGGAAUUGAGGACCUGUACGGGUCCUUAACGUUCAGGACGGUGCAUGUCUCGGACCCCGUUUCUCAGCUUUUCCUCCGGCAACGCUUUGUCUACGUUCCUGAGCUGGAGGCGUGCGGCCGACUUCUGUGCUGCGUGCAGAGGCUCUGCAGAAGUGCAACCGACGAACCCGCCGAGCAUAAGAUCAACGCUCGCGGUCGGCGAGGAGCAAAAGCGGAGCCUGAGCUGGUGGAGGGUCAGGGUCCCUCGGGCCCGGAGGAUGGAAUGCUCGCUAUGCCCGUCAGUCCAAGUCCCGCGUCUACCUCGUCGCAGGAGGACGCCUGCAAACCGCCGCCGCGCAACUGCUAUCGUCUCGUUAUGCUCGGCAGUGCCCGGGUUGGGAAGACCGCCAUUGUAGCACGAUUUCUAUUCAACAAAUUCGAAGAGAGCUACACACCGACGAUAGAAGAUUUUCACAGAAAACUCUACAGGAUCAGAGGCGAGGUUCAUCAACUUGAUCUUCUAGACACAAGCGGAAACCAUCCGUUUCCGGCGAUGCGACGAUUGUCUUUCCUGACUGGGGACCUCUUCGUCGUGGUGUUCAGCAUGGACUGUCGGGAGUCCUUCGAAGAAGCCAUCAGGCUGAGAGAGGCGAUUCUCGAGACUAAAGUGAGCGCGACCCAAAGUGCUACGAAGAGCAGAAGGGCUCACUACAGUCUGAAGGUCCCUAUGGUCAUCGUGGGGAAUAAAUGUGAUAAGGAUGUAAAGACGGUCACGGUAGAGGAGGCCGAGCAAUAUUGCGUGAGUCAGGACGAGUGCUGUAUCUUCGUGGAGGCUUCCGCGAAGCGAAACUAUCACGUGGACGAACUUUUUUAUCAGUUAUUCGUAGUAGCGGGUCUACCUCUGGAGAUGGCUCCGAAUCAUCACAGAAAAGUACCCCUCACCUUUGGCUCGCCGACCAUGUUGCCGCCAUCGCAGCCGCGACACAAAGCCACCCUCAGUAUAAAACGUCGACUGAGCGACGCUUGCGGCGUCGUGGCACCAAACGUACGUCGUCCCAGCAUAAGGACGGACUUAAUGAUCAUGCGGACGAAGACGUGCUCGCUCGCGGCUGGGAAUGAGAACAAUACACCAGGAUCCAGGAUCACGCUUAGAACGGGAAGACCGGAGUCCAGGAAGGCCUGCUCGAUACAGUGAUAUUGCAAACGAUUCUCACGCACGCGGACAAAUCUCUAGAAAUAUGAUAACGCGUUUGAAAGUGAUCUUCGGAAACGAGUGUUAUUUAUCAUUUAUAUAUUUUUUUUAUUAUAAAUUUAUUAUAAUCCUGGUACGAGAUCCUUUUUAUCUCUACUUACGUUAUAAUUGGCGUUUGUUAUUAUUAUUUUAACUUUUCAAAUAAAUUAAUCUCUUUUUAUCAUCUCUGGCAGGAUGAGGUAAACAGAGAUAUAACUAUAUUUGCCCAACGGAAAACUUCACAUUGUAUUGUGAAUUAUGCGACUGAAACUUCCAGGUUUACAAUUGUCAAACUUCUACUACGAAUAUAAACACGAAGCGACGCGAGUGCUCGCGAACGAAGAUCGCCAAUGGGAAAUCAUAUUUAAACCGACCACGCUACUCGCCUUAAUUAAUUAAUGGAAUAUAGCUUUAGCGUAAUGUCCCGAAGGUAACACGUAUAAUUAACUUAAGAUGUGACCGAGUGAGAGAAAGAGACAGAAAGGAAGGGGGGAGAGAGAGAGAGAGAGAGAGGUAGGUAGGUAAGCCGUUACGUUAAUUAAUCGUUGUCGAUCAAACGUUAAACGGGAAAUCGAUACCUCGAUACUGAUGAGGAUGAGAUCGUUUGACAUUCGACCGGAGAGUUCUCCGGUAGCAGCGAGAUGACCGAAACUCACGAAGAACAGCAUGUAUCUCUCUUACCAGGUACAAAUUUUUAUCGGAAUUACUCUCAACAAAGAAAUCUCGAAUCGAUCGAUUUGCGCGAUCGUGAGUGAGAGGUCGAGAAGCGUCAGCGCUGUAUCAACAAUAAAAGAGAGAUUGAGAAAUGCGGUGAGAAAGCUUUUUACUGGAUUAGUUAACUGCGUAGCCUUACUCGAGCUCCGACACGCGAAGGAGCGACGUUUAUACUUCCGCAUGAGAUCUAAAGCGUUGUAAUUCCAUUAAUAGCAUUCGAAUCAAGGAACGAAUAUUUGACGGUAGCGUCGUUCCUUCCGUUGAAUCUUCCGCGCAUACAUAUAUAUAUAUAUAUAUA